AUGAAGCCAUCAACUAUACUCACAUCAUCAGCCUUGAGCUGUCAGGUCUCAGCCCGAUGGCUCGCCUAUGCGCCAGACCCAGUCAUAGACCUCAGAGGCGGCGACCUCUCACGCCCAACUCAACCACCAGACGUCCAAGACUACCAGGAAUACGCUCCUCAACCAACACCACCACCAUCCAAGGCAGUCGUCGAUCUGCUACUACAUCGGCGCCAGAGGACAGACUCAUCCUCGUCAUCAAAAAACAUCUGGGAGAAUGACCAGACCUGUGGCUGGUACUCAGGCAUCUCCUCCCAGCCAUACAAGUGCGAGUCGCCGCUCAGUUGCUCCACCAACACCGAGGAUGUCGUCGCCUGCGCCACCGACGGACUGGAGCAGUUCUACACCGUCUGCCUCAACUUCGAAGCAGUGCAGUCUAGUAAAUGCACAUCCGCGGGGCCGCAGACGGGGUGCUGUCAGAACGCCGACCAGCCCGAGUGUGGCACUUUUGUUUGGACCGGCACGCCCGCGCGGUCCAUGUUCAAGUGCUUCCCUACGGCCACCCUCAUCUCCAUGCUGGACGAGCCACAGUUUAUCAUCGACGCGUCGCGAUCAUCAGAGUCAGCCGCCUCCUCGAGCGCCGAGGCGGCCUCCAGGUCCUCGGCCGAGGCUGCGUCACGGAGCGGGAACGGGCCAUCGACCGUGGUUGCUACUACCACCGCGGCAGAUGGGUCCACAUCCACGGUCACGUCCGUGCUUGGGAGCGACGCGAGCGCCAGCGCGGGCUCGGGCGCAGGGUCUGGCGGUGGCAGUGGUGGAGGAAAUGGGGGAAGCAGCACGAACACGGGUGCGAUCGCAGGCGGCGUCGUGGGCGGGAUCGCCUUCUUGUCUCUGCUGGCGCUUCUCCUGUGGUAUCUCAUGCGCAAGAACAACAAGUUCACCCUGUCUAUUUGCGGUGGAAACAGGAAAUCCAAGAAGGAGAAGAACGUUCACAGCAAGACUUAUAACAAAAACAACACCAAGAACGACAACAGGGCCUAUGACGAGCGGUCCUACAGCAACAGGAAUUCGUACGACAACAGGUCGUAUGACAACAGGAGGUCGUACGACAACCGGGCAUCCAAUGAGCCAGGCGCCGCCACGUACAACCAGCGCUCGCAGGCAGCCGCACCACAGGCUCCUGUAAACCAGCACUUCCACUUCCACAUCGAUGACGACCGAAAUGAGCCGUCGCCCGACUCACGGCCCCCUGCGACGCAGGAACCGGCGCCAGUCCUCCUCGCCGGUGCAGCAGCAGCAGCAGCUCCCGCUCUGUCGCGACAGAAGGAGGAAUUGGAGCAGGCGCAGGCACAGGAGCAACAGGCCCCGACGGGGAAUGUCCGAUCGCACCGCUACCACCCAUCUUCCGGCCAGCGAUAUCCAGACGCGCCGCCGCCGGCUCCUCAGGCUCCUGGGCCCGAUCUGGAUUUCAUCGGGCGGGGGAUGUAG